AUGCCCACACCCUCGCUCGAUGGCAACUUCAUAUUCCCUCGCUCAGCUGGGCCACAACGCUCAGUUCUCCCUGUACGAACAACAGACACCAGUGGUAAAUGGACCGUCUCGCCUGAAUUCGGUGACGCUCUGCUCCAUGCGAUGCGUGAACAAUCGUAUACGCGUAUUCCGUCCAUUCUUGAGCUGCCUCAGCCAAAGAGGCCCGAACUGCUGGUACCGUCGCGAGACGCCCGGAGACUGACGAAGAAAACACGAAUCGCUGUUCGGGACAAGACUCCGCAUCGUUUCGAGGUCGUUCCGUUGCGUGAGGUGCAGAGGAGAGCGCCGUCCCCGAUGUUCAAAAAGAUCACACCGUUGGCCAAUGCGCGAGUAAAGCUGAGGACCGUCAAUGCUGAGAACUCAGAGCUGCCGCCGCCGCCAGCAAAUAGCCAGAGUCGGCCUCCCAAUCCCACCAGUGUGCCAAAUCGGCACACUGUCGGGUGGUCUGAGGACAUUCAGUGCAGAAGCCAAAUACCUUACAGCCUGAAACGACGCGCCAUCUAUACCCAAACACUCUUCAUUCCCAAUCUUCCCGCGACAGUUGAAGAAGGCCCACUCGUAUCGUCGCCGACAUCCAUUUCGGCCGACAGCCUCCCUGCUCUGGAGGAUACCACGCUCAUCGACGACGAGGGUUCUAAGGUUGCUCACCCGAAAUCCAAUUCGCUCGCAGCAUCGUUCCAGACUGGAAAGGUAGUUUCGAAGCACCAUGCGAUCGCCAUGGAGCUGAUGGAGGCUAUUGACUUGGCUAUUAAUGAAUGGGAGAAUGUUACUGUAGGAUAG